AUGUCCCUAAAGCAGGAGAUAGAAACAUGGGUGCAAGCCCUGGACGCCUAUGACAAUCAGGAGUUUGAAGAGUCUCUACGACACUUUGAUCAGAUUGCGGAUACUUCCAAGAUCCUCUUCAACUGUGGAGUGAUCUAUGCGACACUUGGCGAGCACGACAAGGCAGUAGAGUGUUAUCAACGAGCCGUCGGACUCGACCGGUACCUGGCGAUUGCCUACUUCCAGCAAGGAGUAUCAAACUUCCUUCUAGGUGACUUUGAAGAGGCAUUGGCCAAUUUCAACGACACGCUGUUAUAUCUGCGUGGAAAUACGUCCAUUGACUAUGAACAGCUGGGUCUCAAGUUCCGAUUGUACUCGUGCGAAGUCUUGUUCAACCGCGGACUAUGCUAUGUCUACCUCCAGCAGAUGAUUCCCGGCAUGCAAGAUCUCUCAUACGCGGCAAAAGAGAAAGUGACGUCUGACCAUGACGUGAUUGACGAUGCUAUUCGUGAAAAUGCAGAUGGAUAUACCGUCUUCUCCAUUCCCGUGGGCGUGUUAUACCGCCCCAAUGCAGCCAAGGUCAAGAACCUCAAAACCAAGGACUACCUAGGCAAGGCCCGGCUGGUUGCGGCUUCAGAUCGAUCCCAAGGCGCAGAUCACCAAUGGCGGCCCAUGGUCAUCGACAAAGGCGCGCUCGAGGACCGUGAAGGCGUCUCCUGGGCAGCCACAAACCUCGUCCACAAGGGCAUAACCAGCCGCACUCGUCAGCAAUCCGAACCACCCCUUAACCGCAAUGUUUUCCCUCCAACACCCCCACCAGAUGAACGAUCAACAAGCAAUGGCUCCGUGGCAGGCUCCUCACACCACCGCUCAUCUUCCCUCCGAAUGGGCCGGCCACCUCGACUCGAUCUCGAACGCACUGGAGCCAGCCUCGACCGUAGAGCCCCGGGACAAGAGACCGUCCCGGCUGCAGAAAAAGCCACGCAUUGGCACGACACGCACCGCAUCCGAGCCCCGAGGUCCAGCAUCCCGACACCAGAAUAUGCAAACCUAAGCGACACCAACUCGAAUCCCAACCCCAACUUUUUUAGUUUCCCCGAGCAGCCUGAAUACAACCAUCCCGACUCACACACAUAUGCCAGUCCUGCCAAUCUCUCCAGCGCAGGCUGGGGCCGUGGUCGACACCAACCACCAGCCUUCAUCGACGAAGAAGACGAAUACGGCAGCGACGUAUGCGACGGCGAACCCAUCAAAGACGGCUCCUUCGAGCUACUCAGCGCCGCACCCGGUGCUCAUGGUCCCGGUUCCUCGCCCGCACAAAGCCUCCAACAAAGACGUACCCGCUCACCUACACGAUUCUCUCGACGAGCAAACUCGCGCCGGCCCGAGGUGCGGCGGUUCCGGACAAAGGUGCAUGCUCCGGAUGACAUCCGGUAUAUCAUGAUUGGCCCGACAGUGGAGUUUGCAGAGUUUGAGGGGAAGAUUCGGGAGAAGUUUGGGUUUCAGUGUCCGUUGAAAAUGAAGGUGCAGGAUGAUGGGGAUAUGAUUACGAUGGUUGAUCAGGAGGAUUUGGAUUUGUUGUUGGCUAGUGCGAGGGAGGUUGCGAGGAGGGAGGGGAGUGAGAUGGGGAAGAUGGAGGUUUGGGUGGAAGAACGGACGAUGAUUUGA